AUGCCUUUAGCGAAAGGAGAAUAUUUUUCAUGUAGCAAAUAUAAACUAUUUAUUUGUUAUAAUUGCUUUUGGGAUUGGUAUGCUCGUAAAGGUUUUUGGAAAGUUAUUCCUGAUGAGAAGUCAUCUUGUAAUACUAGUAUAGCCAUUACUAAAGUAUCUGAACCUUUAGAAGAAAGAUUUGAGAAAUUCAGCUUGGUUAAUAGCAUGAUAAAGAAGAGAAAAUUCAUGGCCCAAACCCAAAUGUUAUAUACUGGCCAAAAAAUAGGCAUUGAUAUAAACAUGGUAGUCUUUACUCAUAUGAAUGCACUAGCUAAAGACUUCCAAAAUGACCAUAAGGUAAAAGCCCAGACUUGGUAUAGCUUCUUUAGGUGGAAUGAUGUAGGGGAGUAUAUUCUUGAAAUAUUUAUUAACUAUUUGUUAGAACAGAAAUGCCAAGUAAUUUGCUAUGGAAACGAUGCUCAGCCUUUACCAUUCUUUGGAGAAAUGCCCCAUAACUGGUUAAAAGAGCAAGCUGAUUACUAUGAGAAAGCCAAAAGAUGGACACAAACAAAUUGUCUUGUUCCGAUCUUUGGCUCAUCCAAAAAAAAGGAAUUAGUGAAAAAUGAUAUAAUACACUUGCCCUUAAAUACACUCCUUGACAAAUUCUUAAAAGAUAUGUUAGCAGAUAAAAAAGUCAUAGAUUGGGAACUUGGAUAUGCUAUGACUAUUUACACUAGUCAAGGAAUGACCCUUAAAGCUUCACAGAGUGUUUGGGUCAUCGAUGAAAACCUAGUCUGGGAUAACCUAAUAUAUUUAGCAAUUGAGGAGGCAAAAAAAAAUAGACAGCUAGAGCAUGAAUUGAAACCAUCUAUUCAGGAAAAACUUAUCAGAUAUAUGGGUUAG